CACAAUUGCAAGAGAUGAGGGAUUCGGCCUCCUCGUCGUCAGCGGCAUGGCUGCCAUCAGACGACCCCCGUGACGAGUCGUGCCUCCCACCUGAGCUGGCUGCUGUGGACCAGAAGCGCCUCGUGCUCGAGAGCACCCUCUCGAAAAUCGACACCGCCAUGGUGAGAGUGUGUGAGAAGAGCACGUCAAAUGACCACAUCGCUGGUCUGUCGGUUGUGUUGUCUCGCUGCUUGUCGUUUCAGGCGAUGCCAGUAGAGGCUGGAGGGUGCAUCAACGAGGACCAUCGCCUCCUCUGCGAGCAGUGUGCCGGUGACCUCCGUGACCUGCUGCAGAGCAUCACGGCCGUCCGCGCCCGUAUGAUGGAGGGAUUUGCGCUCUUCGGCGAGGCGUACAGGGCCCUCAGGUCAUCGCAGCCGUCUCUCCCGCGUGAGGCGGCCGUCCACAUGGUGGUUCACGAGCGGCACAUCCCCCCUCUCCGUCCAGCGGACGUCACGGAGUUUCAGCUGCUCACUGAGGAGAUCGCCAAGGUCGAGCGCACUGCCCAGCGUGCGCUGGCAAUGAGACGGCGGGGCGGCCUCAGCCGUCAUAGGGCACCAGACCAAGAGGGGGGGCGCAUCAGCCGCCGAGACGUGGACCUGCUGCACUCCCUCCUCUCACAGUCACGGCAGCACGAGGCCUCCUCUCCGCCGUCGACGGGUGGGCCACUAGACGGACUGGAUGAGCUGAGUGGUCGUGGUGGCGGUGGUGUGCAUGGCCGUGACAACGUGGCGAUGGGCAGCCCCGCGUCGUCUCGUUCGCGCAUGAGCACUGAGGUGUCUGGGAGACGGGAUACGUCUGACAUGGACAUGGAAUAUGACGCUAUGGAGCAAGACGAGCCUGAGGAGGGGAUGAGGGAAGGGGGGCAGCCACGUAACGAUGGGCGGGGAGACGUGCCACCACCGGGAUGACUGACCGACCGACCGAUCCAGACAAGACGGUUCUAAUGUACACUAGUCUGGGUGGCGGGGUGUGUCGAGUCUCGGGGAUGGGUGCGGGUGCGGUUUUGUCUGCUGGUGGUGCUGCUGGUGCUGGUGCUGUACAUGAAUGCGGUGAUUGUGCCGGAUUGAUUGAUCAUGACGGCUGACCAAUCUUCUCUGAGACAUGGUGUCAUUCUUAGCCUGCAUGGAGGACCAUUCAUAUAUUGACUUUUAGCGCUCUGCCGCUUCAAAAAGUACAGGUCCGGUCCGCAUGUAUGGGUCAUCCGGCCAACACUGAACACACACGGGUACCGUGGAG